CACCAAGAAAGCUAUGGAGGAUGCGUUGCCGCGACUUCAUUUUGUGCAGACCACCCAAGGUCACAAUGAAAAACCUCACCACAUUGACUGAGUUCAUCCUGCUGGGUCUGACAGAUGCUCCUGAAUUCCAGGUUGUGCUUUUCCUCUUUCUCUUUCUCACUUACAUGUUUAGCAUCAUUGGAAAUCUGAUCAUCAUCAUGCUCACCCUGCUGGACUCCCACCUCCAAACCCCCAUGUAUUUCUUCCUUCGGAAUUUCUCCAUCUUAGAAAUUCUCUUCACAUCUGUUUUUACUCCCAGGCUCUUGCGUAGUAUCUUAACGGGAAACAAAACCAUUAGCUUUGUUAGCUGCUUCACUCAAUACUUUUUUGCUAUAUUUCUGGGGGCCACCGAGUUUUACCUUCUGGCUGCCAUGUCCUAUGACCGCUAUAUUGCCAUCUGCAAGCCCCUACAUUACACAAUCAUCAUGAGCAGCAGAGUCUGUGUCCUUCUUGUUCUUUGCUCUUGGUUGGCUGGGUUCUUAAUUUCUCUAACAGCAAUUAUCAUGGCAAAUCACCAAAACUUCUGUUUGAACAAUGUCAUAAACCAUUAUUACUGUGAUACUGCUCCCAUUAUUAAGCUCUCCUGCUCAGACACAGGCCUUAUAGAGCUGGUUGACUCUAUCUUGGCAGUGCUAACACUUGUAAUAACCUUGGUGCUCGUGAUGCUCUCUUAUAUAAACAUCAUUAGAACAAUUCUCAGAUUUCCUUGUUCACAAAGGAAGAAAGCUUUUUCCACCUGUUCCUCUCACAUGAUUGUCAUCUCCCUCUCUUAUGGAAGCUGCAUCUUCAUGUAUAUCAAGCCCUCAGCAAAAGAUGAUAUUUCCUUCAACAAGGGAGUGGCUGUGCUCAAUACUUCAGUAAGCCCUCUGAUGAAUCCCUUCAUUUACACCCUAAGAAACAAGCAGGUGAUACAAGCCUUCAAAGACCUGGUCCAAAAGAUUGUGGGUCAUUGA